CCGCAAUCAUGGCGCCGUCUUCAGAAUCUAUGUUAAAAACUUGUAAUGUUUUGUGAAGUUUAAACGAUACAAUGUUGUUUGUAAAUUGCAUUUUCCUGCUAUUUAUGUCUGUCCCAGCCGCGUAUUGCGAAACUGAACAGCCCAGUUUUGCUUCGAAUUCAGAAUCUGCGAAAAUAACAACAGAAACGGGACGUUCGAGUUGUGGCUGUGAUGCAUUAAAAAGGGAUGUUGGUGUCGAUAUUGGCGAGGAAGCACCUUUGCAUCUUGAAGACCCCGCAGCAAAAUAUUCUAAAGAGGCCAAUAAAGAAAAGGAUGACCAUUCUAAUGAGCAAGACAUUCGCAGCAAGAUGGUGCUACUUGAUUCAUCUUGGUUCUUCAUGGGCACCGAUGACCCAGCUAUUCCACCUGAUGGAGAAGGCCCCCAAAGGCGGGUGUGGGUUGACUCUUUCUUCAUCGAAGAACAUGAGGUCACCAACCAACAGUUCCAACAUUUCAUCAACCAAACUGGCUAUGUCACAGAGGCUGAGCGUUUUGGAGAUUCCUUUGUGUUUGAAGAAAUGUUGACUGAAGAGUUGAAAAGCACAAUUGCACAAGCGGUGGCUGCUGCCCCCUGGUGGUUGCCAGUGAAGGGCGCGAGCUGGAGACACCCUGAGGGUCCAGGUUCAUCCAUUUCAGACAGGCUGAAUCACCCUGUUUUGCACACGUCAUGGAAUGACGCCCAGGCCUACUGUAAGUGGGCCAAGCGCAGGUUGCCCACUGAAGCUGAAUGGGAAUAUGCCUGUAGGGGAGGAUUACAGGACAGACUGUACCCUUGGGGAAAUAAACUGCUGCCGAAAGGAGAACACUUUGCUAACCUGUGGCAAGGUGACUUCCCUCUUAAGAACACAGGAGACGAUGGCUACGUUGGCACCUCCCCGGUGAUGUCAUUUCCUGCUAAUGGUUAUGGUCUGUAUGAAAUGGUGGGAAAUGCGUGGGAGUGGACUGCCGACUGGUGGACUGUACAUCACACACCAGAGGAGAAACGCAAUCCGACAGGACCAGCCUCAGGUACAGACCGAGUGAAGAAAGGAGGCUCAUACAUGUGUCACAAGUCUUACUGUUACAGAUACAGAUGUGCUGCCCGCAGCCAGAACACUCCUGACAGCUCGGCCUCCAACCUGGGCUUCCGCUGUGUGGGGAGCCCUGUCUGAACUCUUCCCCCCCGCUCAGAGAGCGCUCGCCAGCUAACGAACCUCAGGUGCCCAGGCCCAUGCAGAGGGUCUCUCUGUUGGAAUGGCAGAGGUCAUGCUGUCUCAAAGCAUGCUGGUAAGCACAGAGGAGACUCUGGACAAGGAGGGUAUUGCAUGUCCAAAAACUUCAGAUAACAGAAGCACCUUGGAGGGGAAAAUACUUUUUCGGGGGGAUACAGGAUAAUGUCCUGUAAUGUACAGGAUAAGAUGUUUUCAAUGUGUGUCUUCAGUUUAUGGGUAAACCCUUAACCCCAAAUU